AUGCUGUCAACACACGAAGUACGAGUUUUCAACACUGGGUUCGUCGUAGAAAAUGUUCCGCCGAGCGAGGCUGUUCUUCUUCACAACCGCUACACCAAUCAAAUAGGAAAGAACACCUCAGCAGUCAAUCUUUUCCCGUUUGGCACUGCCAAAAGUGAAAACAUACAGAAGGCGAUGUUGAAUCGAACAAGGGCAAUCUUUCCGAACGGCGCCAGCUUUCAUUAUGAAACUCAACAGCGGCUCGGCAUUUGUCUUCAACGAUGGCGCGAAACUCAAAAUUCGUGUAAAAUACCGAUUUCUGGCUGCAAGGACAUGCUCAUGCCUCUUGAAGACUGGUACUUCUCCGAAGCAGUCGAUGAAUUUCACCCCUUAUAA